AUGGCGUUGAGUUUGACGCAGGAGGGCACAAUCCCGUUCAAAGUACCAUCGAUCGAUUCGCCAUGCACCACAUUCUACAAAGUCUUUGGAGAUAUCUCGUGCGGUAAACCACCAAUCGUUAUCCUUCAUGGCGGACCCGGCGGCGGUCACGACUACUGCCUCCCUUUCGCCGAUCUCUGGCCGCAAUAUGGCAUACCUGUUAUCCUGUACGACCAGAUCGGCUGCGGCAGAUCCACUCAUCUCCAACACAAAGCGGACGAUAGCAGUUUCUGGCAAGAAGGGCUUUUCGUUGCCGAGCUCCAAAACCUGUUGGACUUCUUUAAGCUGCAGGACGAUGCAGGACCGGGCUUCCAUCUUCUAGGCCAAAGUUGGGGAGGGUGUCUAGGAUCUGCUUUUGCCUCGACUCAGCCCAAGGCUCUGCGUCGUUUGGUCCUUGCUGGUGCUAUGGCGAGUAUUGAGUUGUCUAUCAAGAGUAUCCGACUUCUUCGCCAAGGUCUUCCCGAAGGCGCUCGCGAGGCACUUAACGACGCCGAGCAAAGGUUAGACUUCAGCGGCAAGGCGUAUCGCGAGGGCAUGAAGCUGUUCCUCCAGAGACAUGUCUGUCGGACUGAACCGUUCCCGGAAGAUCUGGUAAAGACGCUGAACAAUCUGGCGGAAGAUAAAACCGUGUACGGGACGAUGUACGGUCCUUCGACGAUAGCCUGCAUAGGCACCCUCGUUCCAUGGACAUACGACACCUCCCAUGAUCUCUGCACGGCCCCCUUUUUCGAGAACAUUCCAAAGGUCCGUUGGAUCACUUUUUCCAAUGGAGGACACAUGUGUCACUUGGAAGCAGGUGGCUUGAGGGAGCGAGUUCUCAAAGUCGUGGGAGACUUCUUGACUGCCGGUUGA